GAUGACGUUGUUUGUCUAUGAGUUUGAAAAUGGCGGUCCCUAAAGAGAAAGAUGGUCGACCGGGGAAACCUGCGGGAAAAGAAUCGCAGCCCUUAAUAAUAGCUAAAACCCCGGCAGAGGAGCAGCGGCUAAAGUUGGAGAGAUUGAUGCGAAAUCCUGACAAACCUGCACCCGUGCCUGAACGACCGAAAGAAUGGAACCCUCGUGCCCCACCAGAGUUUGUGCGGGAUGUUAUGGGGUCCAGUGCAGGGGCUGGCAGCGGAGAGUUCCAUGUGUACAGACACCUUCGUCGCCGAGAGUAUCAGAGACAGGACUUUCUUGACCGGAUGACUGAGAAGCAAAAGCUGGAUUACGAAUAUCUGGAAAAAGUAGAGGAGAACCAAAAGCAGGCAGAGGAAAGGACAGCUAAAAGAAAGAAGAAGAGGGACAAGCUGAAGCAAAAGAUGUUGGCAAAGAAAGCCAAAGUGCAGAGUGAGACGGCUGAAGAUGAUAACAAGCCGGCCUCCAGCAGUGAUAAGGAGGAGUCGGAUGGCGACGCGGAGGACGAUGCUGAGGUCCCCAGCUUUGUCAUGGGAAAGAGAUGACACCUCGGUCCUAUGGACUGCAGCGAGUGCAAGGAAGAGGUUCUGAUCCAGCAAUGGCUUGGGGUCAAAGGACAUAUUUCACAGCCUUUGGGGACAUAACCAGCCAAAUGAGUUUGAUGUCCAGGCAGGCUCAAAAAGUCUUUGCCUUCUGUACAAAGAGUUUGCUCUACUGAAAUAAGUUUUGCAUCCAUUUGGUAUUUUGGGCUGUGCUCUUUAUCUCUUGAGAGAAGAUGGACUGAAAACAUUUUGUGGUUUUAAUUUGUAACAUUGAGCUUUAUUUGGUGUUAAUAUUACAGUAGGUCUUGUGCAACCUACACAAAUAAUGCCUGGCAUGCUAGCCCCAUAACUUCUGGGAGUGAAUUAAUUUUGUUUGUAUUAAAAAAAUAAAAUAAAAGUAGUAUUUUCAA